GCAAUACCGAAAGUAGUGUAUGUAUAGGUUUUAAAAUCUAGUUGAUCGAAAUUCCAUUUCUGAAUUGGAUUUGGUUUGGGGUUUGAAUUGAUCUUGAGCUUUCCUCCAUGAAUCAACGACCACAGUAUAAAACCGUUCAUUCUCACAAAACUGAAAUAUCAUCAAAACUGAAAAUAUCAGCUCAAGGAGAGUGUAUUCCUAUUUCAUCAAAACUGAAAUAUCAGCUCAAGGAGAGUGUAUUCCUAUUUGCUUGAUUAUAUUUUUGGAUUCAUGUGGUGUAUAACUAGAUUGUUUGAAUUGACAAAGAAUAAAGCUAAGAGAUCAAAGGAAGUUGAAUCUUUGAAAGGAAAAAGUGUUGUUGGCUCUCCGCCUUCCAUUCCAAAUCGUCAUGGUCGCAAUAAAUGAUUAGGGGCGGACAACCGAGGUGAUGAUGGACCCCCUAUAAAUCGUAGUACUAUAUCCAUUCGUGAACCUACCGAAGAGGAGUUGAGACGAAGAAGUUGUCAACCCGAAGAAGAAGAAGAAAUUCUGUUGAGAAGGAGAAGUUGUCAACCCGAAGAAGAAGAAGAAAUUCUUGAAGAAGAACAUGUUCCAGGAGAAGUUCACGUACAAGAAGAAGUUCAACGAAAGAGAGUAGGGAAAGUGGCACCGAAAGUAAAAGAUUGUCAUAUACCUCCCAAAGAACUAAUGAUUCCUGAUCGCGAUGAUGGCCAUUUUUGGGGUGAACCCGAAGAAAAGGAACUCCUAUUCGGCUACAAAGACUCGUGGGCUCAUGUCAUCUAUAAAACAUAUGAUCAUGAGGAUGCAGUAUGUAUCUUUAGACACCAAUCGAUGCCUUCUUGGGAUUUGGAAAAUGAAUGUCAAGGUGUUAAAGACGUAGUGGAAGCAUCCGGCUUGUUACCUGCGGUCCUCAGUUAUGUGGAUUAUGAUGUUGUCACGGUGAAUUGCUUCUCCGAAAGGUUUUAUGGAGAAACUGAUACGAUGCACUUUCCAUGUGGUGAGAUGACCAUCAUCCCCGAUGAUGCCAAACAAAUUUUGGUCCUUGAUGUGCAUGGUAAAGCUGUUUUGGAAGGAAACUACACCAAAGAAUUGUCUUGGGAACAAUUACACAUGCUUACUAUGAAGUUAUUUGGCUGGGAUGAGGAAACUUCAAAAUCAAAAUUCCAUGUUAAUGGUGGCUAUACAACCAAGUCGUUCAGGAUACUUAUGUUAAGAAAAGAAUUUGGAGAGACAAAGAAUAAAGUAAACUUGACCACCGAAGAAAUUCAUCAGACGGCAGCUGCAUAUUUGUUAUAUAUUUUGGGCACAAGAAUCUUUCCGGACACAAGUGGAAGCCGAGUGAAUGCAAACUUCUUGCAGUUGUUAGAUCCUUUUAAUGAAGUAUGUAAAUACUCUUGGGGCACUGCAAUGAUUGCACAUUUGUUGGGAGAGAUGCGGAAGGCUAACAAGGCGCUAACUAAUCAAUUUGUUGGGAAUUUCACUCUCCUUCAGGUUUGGGCGUACGAGCACUUUCCAACAUUGUUCGUGGACAACCAAUUGUUGAAGAUCAAUGUAAAUUGGCAGCCGGAACAGCCUAGAGCCCUUAAAUACGUGUGGGAAAAGGGUCCAAUUUCAGGUAACAAGAGUAGGAUAGUAAAAAUGAGAUUAGCUUUAGACCAAAUGAUGAUUGAUAAGGUAGUCUUUGAUCCUUACAAGUUGGAAAGAGAUCUCUUACAAUGUCCUGUUAUUCCCGAUAAUGUUUCAUUCUAUAACGGACCGUUGUUUCACACGAGUGGAUAUGUCAUGUACAAUCCAUGGCGUGUAAUGCGACAACUUGGCUUUAAGCAACAAAUUGUCAAUGAGGGAAUGUUUAAGGCUUUUGAACAUGAUUAUGAAUUGUCGAAGUCAACUCCUAAGAGGUUGGUCACGGUUUACAUACCAACACCGAUCCUAGUGCAUUGGAGGGAUAGAGAACGACUUUGUAUGGUAAAUCAUAGUACUUGGACGCUUGUGGGCAACGGAGAUGAAGUGGAUCCAGGCUACUACCAAGAUUAUAGAAGCUACUCUCAUCCUAUUGUGAUACGUCCCGAAUCUGUGGAAGUUCCUCCUCGGCCAACGAUGGAAACGCCGCCUACAACUUUUACUCCUCCUCCUACAAAUUUUACUCCUCCUCCUACUCCCAAAUCUCCUGAUUCACUUCGACAUAUUUUUCUAUAUGUGCGAAAGCGAUUUGGUGGUCUUCGGAAAUGGCUUAGCUGCAAGGCGGAAAAAGGAGAGGUGCUCACUCUCGAAGAAAUUCGCUUACUGACUAUGAAAUUGCAGAACGUCGAGAAUCCCGAAGCAAAGGAGUUGUUCGAUGAAAACAAGAAAAAACGGGUAGUCAAGAGAAUGAGGCGUGAGUGAUUGAAGAUGUUGUUAUAUGUUUGUUUCUUUUCGAACAAUGUGUGCUUGUAGUUAACUUUUGAACAAUGUGUGCUUGUCGUUAACUUUGGAUUUCAGU